AUGUUUGUUGCAGAUAGGUCCAUUGUAGACACCUCCAUAAAUACUGGGUGCAUUUCCUUAGCCAUAUUGAAUGAGAGCUGGAACCAAAAUGUGCAGGAGAUGGACAAAGAAGAUGCCAAUGGCCAGGUAAAACAUAUGUGUGUUGUGAAUGAUGUAAACAAAACUUGCUAGGUGCAUGCUUUGCUUAUGAAUGGUGGUGAGGAAAAAGAAUCUCCACUGCACUGUUUGGUGAAAAAUAGUGCAUUGAAAAUAUUGGGAUGUAACCUUAAUAAGUUGGCAAGCAAGCAAACAAACAAGCAAGCAAGCAAGCAAACAAACAAACAAAUAAACAAGCAGAAGACUGAUUUCAAGAAAUUAGACUGAGCAUCCAGUGUUAGGUAAUAACUUAAUCAGUCCCGUACACCAUCGCUUUAUGUCUUGGAUCUGGAACUGCUAGACAGGCAAAGUUUGGGGUGUUUGAUGCACUGUGUGCUUAGCAAGCAGCAGCAUUUUCCCUUUGAAGUUAGAUGUUGAGCUAAAAGUCUCCAAAGUCAGCUAGUUGUCUGUGCUAAGCUGAAAGGUUAACUAUUUGUGUGCAGUACACAUGUCAGGAAGGGAAUUCAAUUAAAUCAACGCUGUCUGUGCUUCAGUGGACAAAUCUAAGGCAUAAGCCAUCAGCAGGGCUGUCUUAAGCAUAUCCGGUGCCAUGGUGCAAAGCUCCGUCCGGUGCCCCCCCCAUUUCCCAGAGUUCUUUAGGGAGGACAGCACUGCUGGUGGGGCUGGAGGAGGCAGGCAGCGGCUGGAGGGCGGCUCCUCCGGUGGGGAAGAGGCAGAGGCUGGACGCGGCGCCUCCCAGCUCAGCUGGUCGCUUUGUGCCGCUGUGGCCACAGCAGACGGAGGCUCCGGGUGCGGCGCUGCUUCGGCGCGGCAUGGCAGAGGUGGGCGAGGGUGGCAAGCUGAUGCUGGGAGGUGCUGCAUCCAGCCUCCAGAACUUGGCACCCCGGCGCCCCGCGCCACUAGCCUCUAUGGGUAAGACGCUCCUGGCCAUCAACUUCUAAUGAUCUGAGUGAGAGAGAGAUGAAGCAGUUGCUAAACUCUUCUACGGGGCCUUAAAAUGCUGGAUUGUACCCCCAACUUGUGCUGUAUUAGAAAAAAAAAUUUCAGCAACAAUUAAGAUUGCCAUCCACACAGACAAUCUGUGUGGAUCUGUCAUGGAAUUCUACUCAAUAUUGAGCCAGAGCAGAACUCCAAUGUAUAGCUAUCAGAGUAAAAACUUAAACACGUUGCAGGAUUCCCCCAAAAUAGACCAGAGGCAAUUGUAUUUCAUCCAGCAGAGCUUUACUGCUACUGAAGGCAAAUGAGCAUAAUAGUCACAAAUCCAACGCAUUCAGGAUUGACACUGUCCAUAAGAAAUCCAGUUGCAGCAGACUUAACUUAAAUUUGCAAUAACUUAACCCACACUUUUGUGUAUUGCAUACAAAAAAUAAAAAUGCUAAAACUGAAACUUGGUUUAAAAAAAAGAAAAUGUGUGGUGUGUUAGAGUCCUAAGGGAAGAUUGGGUACGUGGGACACAGCUUAGCCACCCCAGUCUUCCACCACAGAACUUUGGCACCACAAUCUGCUGCCCUGUGGAGCAGCUUAGCAUCAGAUCAUUCUAAACUCUCUGAAACACACACACCCCUCUCAAACCAUACAUUGUUAAGGCCCAGUAUUCCCAUCUCUUAAAUCCUUUGCUUUCCAGUGUUUUUAGAGAAGGUAAAACUAUCUUUCUUGUAACUCUUCUCUCUUUCUCUUGCUUUCUUUUCCUGAAGAUCUCACUGGGGAGAGAUGAAAUAUUGAUGAAUGUUUUCCAUUCAUACUUUGUAUAAUUUAGUUUUUUGUUCAUUCCCCGCUGUGGGAACUCCACUUCCUUUCUGAUAGGAAGGACUUAAUUGAGACUUUGGGAUGGAGUGAACAAUUAGCUGUUUGGUAUACAGAAUGCAGGAUUACUUAAAGACUCAAGAAGACAAUGUUUUUAAGAAAAUACCUUUUGGACAAGCAAACUUUCCAAGCAGACCUCCUUUAUCAAGAAAUGAUUGGAGACUUAAUUAUAAUAAGAGGAAGCCUUCCAUCAGCUUUGGCUGGUGGCCCAGCUGCGCCCUUAUCUGGACAGGGAUAGCCUAACUAUGGUUGUUGUUGCUCUGGUAACCUCUAGGUUAGAUUACUCCAAUGCAUCAUAUGUAGGGCUGCCUCUGAAGACGGUUCGGAAACUUCAGCUGGUGCAGAAUUCAGCAGCCAGGUUGCUUACUGGGACAAGACAGUUUGAGCAAAUUACACCGACCCUGGCCUGCCAAUUAGUUUCUGGGCCUAAUUCAAAGUGCUGGUUUUGACCUAUAAAGCCUUAAAUGGCUCAGGACCACAGUACCUCAAGGACUGCCUCUCUCCAUAUGAACCUACCCGGACCCUGAAAUUGUCCUCUGAGACCCUUCUAUGUGUGCCUCCUUCAUGAGAGGUCUGGAGGGUGGCAAUAGGAGAACGGGUGCUUUCUGCAGUGGCUCCCUCUUUGUGGAAUGCUCUCCCCUGGGAGGUUUGGCUGGCGCCUUCAUGAUACAUCUUUAGAUGCCAGGUGAAAAUGUUCCUUUUUAACCAGGCCUUUGGUUGAUUGACAUCCAAUGUCCUUUUAAAUGUGUUGUGGAAUGGGGAUUAUUGGUUUGUUUCUGUUCUUAUUUUUGUUAUGUAUUUUGUGGUUUUUUAAUAUUGUAAUUUUAUGUUGUGAACUGCCCUGAGAUCUAUGGGUAUAGAGCAGUAUACAAAUAGUAAUAAUAAUAAAAAUAAUAACAAUAAUAAUUAAGGCAGGUCCCUGGAUGUCCUGCUUUCUUGUCUGACUGGUGCUAGAUUGUCCAUAAUCUGUCAGAUUAAGGAUAAGAAAACAAGAUGAGAUAUCUAUAUAUUGGAUUCUAUUAAACAUUUAACAGAAGAGCGAGCUUUGAUUAGGUUGUGGUCUAAAUCCCCUUGCAGUGUGGAUGUUACAAUGUGCAUUGGGCCUGGGUUUAUGGAAUGUAUCAAUUCCGUAAGUAUGUCAAAUGUAUAAAGUGUGAAUUAAAGAGGGCUGCAUAUUUUAUUUGAACAGAGCAUAUUGUUUAUAUUUGCUGAUGAUUGCAGAGCACUGCCGGAAAUGAAACUGAGGAAGUUGAUGGCAACUGCAUGUGUGGAUUAAGAAGAAAAAGAGGAGUCAAAGUCACUGGGAAGCAGAACCUUACAGCAGGAUGUGAAACUAUGGACACUUCUCACCCUGGAAACACUUCUGAUUCUCUCUCUCAUCGAAGAAAGCUUGCUCACCUCAAGCUAUGUACAGACGAACUUCUUCAGAAACCACCAGGCUUCCCAGCAAUGCAGGAAGCAGAUGAGAGCCCUCCCAAAUAUUGUCAUACAACAGAAGACCCACAGCAGGGCAGAGAGGAACCUCACAAAAGCAGCCCAGAAGCUCAUGGGGCAAUAGAAAAUUUCGGCAAUGAAGACCAUGCACCGAAAACAGAUUUAGAUGGCAAAGAAGAGAAAGUUGUGUGUCUAAAUACAGCAAGAAUCAGGGAGAAUGCAAAAACACCAGGAAAUGAUAAAGAGAAACCUGACACAGCAGAGAAGGAGUGGAAGUUCCACAUGACUGAGAAAAAGGACAUGGACCAUCAUGCAGCAACCCAGGAAAAAGAUGAAAGCAAAGUCUCUUUAGCUUUGGGCUCUGGAAUUUCCAAAGAAACUUUGCAAGAGUUGAAAAACCUGUUGAGAGAAAGCCCAGUGCUGAGUACCAGGGUUAGGAACAGUGGCAAACCCAGAAGUCCCUCUUCCCAUACACUUCCACUGAAGUCUAGUGAUAAUCAAAGGAGCUACAUGGAAAUGUUUCACCCUCAUUUAAGAGGAGGUGAUCAGAAAGUCCUCUCUGGGCGCAAGCCAGGAGCAGGGCUAACAGGGAAGCCACCCCUGCUGCACAGCUCUGCUGGGUUGGAUAAGCAGCCAUCCGAAAGCGAAGAUAUGGAUCAUUCUCCUGGGAGGCAACAGACACAUUCCCCCAAUGCAGGCAGUGCUUCAGAAGCUAAAUUUGAGCCCACAUCUGGUAAGGAAGUUAAGACUUUGCCUGCAGCACACCAUAUAGGGAUGGGAGUCUUCCCAGUUAAACAGAAGUGUUGCCUUGUCUUCUUUUUAUUGAUAACACAGACUUGUGUGGUUUAUGGUAUACAAGGACAUUGUGCAUCAAAAAGGUGUGUGCGUGUGUGUAUAAAUGCCACAAGUGGGAGGGCCAGAGGAGCCCAUUCAAACUCAGUAAUUAGGGCUCGGCAGGGGAGAAGAAGGUGGGUGCCUGUGUUGUGUCAUUAUCAGUGCCUCCCCCCCGAUGAUUUUUGCCAAAAGAUAAAUGCUUGCUUCCACUCCACCCCCCACAGCAAAAAAAUGUCAUUUUUGGUAGCUCCAAUAAGGAGAGCAGCCAGAAGUAUCAUGAAAGCAUGAACUCUGAGGGGGGAAAGCUGCAGGAUAGCUCUUGAAAAACACGGGCACCAUGGAGAUAUCCCCUACUCCAGGCAUAGGCAAACUCGGCCCUCCAGAUGUUUUUGGCCUACAACUCCCAUGAUGCCCAGCUAGCAGGACCAGUGGUCAGGGAUGAUGGGAAUCCUUUGAUUACUAGUCCAAAACAUCUGGAGGGCCAAGUUUGCCUAUGCCUGCUCUGCUCUAAUGGGAGGGGGCACAGGAAGGCUCCAACCCAGAUUGUCCCCAGUGAGCUUCAUGGCUGAGUGAGAAAUUGAACCCAAGCCUCUUAGGUCCUGGCCCAGCUCUCUAACCACUAUACCACACUGGAAUGAGCAGAACUUUCCUGAGCAGAACUUUUUAAAGCUAAUUUUAAUGAAAUGCAUGUAGAAGUUUUCCCUGAACAGGCUCCUUCAGAUUCAUCCAAUCCAUUGCUUUCUGCCUUGGGUGUUCCAUGCAGAAAGUGAGGGCUAUAAACUGUAAUAAUAAAUACAUCAUUUAAUAGAGAACCAGGGCUGUGUCCAGCUCUUUACCUGCACGUCACCUGGCUAACAUUAUUGAAACUUAAUAAAGGCCCAUGAAAUUCAUAAAGAAAUAUUGCCUGAGCAGGAACCCUGCAAAUUCACUUUGGAUUGCAUGUGGAUUAAGCAAAAUUUGGAGACAGUUUUAAUUGGCUCCAAAGUAGCACGUAUCAAUCAUGCGGAACUAAUCUGAAUAAAUGAGUCCAACAAAUGAUUGAAUCUGUGGCCACCCGGAAUCCAGAAAGCUAGAUUUUUGCAUCUUAUCCAAACUAUAUCAUAAUUAGACCCCUUCAGACAACUGGUUGCAUUUGCUUCUGGCAGUUUAGUGACUACAACUGUUAAUAAUGAGUGAAAAACCAGCUGUCUGAGAGCAGCAGAGGCCUGUUUGAAAUCUGUGGGGCUCUGGCGGGGGGGUGCAUUCAGCUAGAUUUUUCUCAGGGUAGCUCCAUUAAAAUGAAUGAACGUGACUAAGCUAGGUCCAUUAAUUUCAAUAGGCUUACUCUGAGUAAACUUCAGUUGAUUACCACCUAAAAUGUUUCACCAUUUAUACGUUGCAUAUACACAGAUGUUAUCUAGGUGUAUUGCUAAGUUAUUAUUUGCAAAGUGUAUCUUGUUGAGCCUUAAGACAUGCUGCACCAGAGGCUUUUCUGCUUCACACCAUUAGAAUCAAGAUGCUUACGUGUACAGUUGUACCUCUGGUUACGAACGCUUCCGGUUACGAACGCUUCAGGUUACAAGCUCCGCUAACCCGGAAGUAGCUGCUCCUGGAUGCGAACGGAAAUCGCUCGCUGGAGGCGCACGCGCAGAGGGAGACCCUAUUAGCGAAAGCACGCCUCAGGAUAAGAACAGUUUCAGCUUAAGAACGGACCUCUGAAACGAAUUAAGUUCGUAACCAGAGGUACCACUGUACUGAUCUUUGCGUGGGAUCGCGUACUGCAUUGAAAAGAUAUACCAGUGUGGACAUGUUGAUGGCAAAUAUUUAAAUUUUGACCUGAUCAAGUGUAUUUUCAUUUUUAGAACACAGCAGAGAUCCCAGUGUAAAGAGCAUUCCCCUUCACUUGGUCUCUGAGAUUGAGCGCAUUAAAGAACAGAUGUCCAGAGACAAUAUACGUUUUGUCAGGUUUGAAGCAGCCGACCUUCAUGGCGUGUCAAGAUCAAAGAGCAUCCCGUCUCGUUUUUUCCGGGUACGUUUAUCCAUCCCCUGUAGCAAGUCUUCUUCUGUGUUCUCAGGCCAUGAAGAGACAACUUGCUAUACCACAGACCUUUGCCAUGUACAAUACAAUUCCAGUUUACACAACAUAUAUUUCCUCCUUUGUUCAUUGGUACCCCAUAAGGCUUAUUUCAUCUCCUCCCUGCUGCCCCCCUGCCAAAGCGGUCAUUCCUCAGCCCUGAAGAAAUGCAAAUCUAAUUAAGAGAACUUGUCAGUGUUGAUUCUUUACACACCCAAGACUCGCCUUCCCCCAGAUUUAUCUUUCUUUUUCUAAACAUUUGCAACAUGCACAACGAUCCUGUUUUAUUUGACAUCGGCAAAUUGCAGGAGGAGGCCAAGAGCAAAUUACAAAAGGCACUGAAGUGAUAGCAUGGGAAUCAUUCUAGUUUGGAAGUAUUCCCUUUUCAGCGAUUAAAUCAGAUAAGAAAAUACUGUUGUAUGCAUGACGGCUUAAUAAUAAUAUUAGUGAUGCUGGUGUUCUAAUAAAUAUGAGUCAUAUUAUGAAGCAUUUGGUAGCAGCUGUAUAGAAAGUAGUGACCUCUAAGGGCCUUUUGGUGUAUUGUUUAUGUGAUACUCAGCAUGGAUGGUUUAUAUGCUGCAUUUUAGCUAUAACCGUGUCAUGAAUAUUUCAGGUUCCAUUGAGUGAAAAUAUAUACUGGCAUUACUGGAAAUCUAGUAAAACCUUGCUUUCAUUCUAAACUUCUUUGAAGCCCCAAAGGCAAUUUUCUCUUAAUUUUGUCCUUACAUCUUGCUGUAGUUUUGAAGCUAUGGGCUCAGAUCCAAUUUUCUUUCACUGAUGCCAUUUAGGCAUUAGCAGAAAUGAACUCUCUUCCAGGGAAUUUAAUGCUCUUGAAAGGCGAUGGGGUAAUGGGACCAUCUUUUCACCCAUCACUCAAUUCAAAGUGCAGGGAGCCAGGCUCACCCUUUUCAAAUUAACCUGAACUUGUCUGAUAUAUCCCCAACCCAAGCUCAAAUUAAAGUAGAAGUGAAAGUGUAAAUCAUCUGAUGUUCUUCAAAAUAAAAUAAAAAAUAAGUUGGAAUGUAAGAUGAGCACAAGUGUGCAGGACUAGGUCUAACCACAUGUACAAUAUUACAGGUUACUGACAUAGGAUGCUGUUGGAUUCUUGGAAGGAGCUUUUGAUCCAUCGUAUGCCUCUGCUAAUAGAGAGAGGAGGCAGUUAUUAGGAAUUCUAUUCCCCCUUUGCAGAACCAAAGGACUAGUUGAUUGCCUGCCUCCCAUCCAGGUGGUUCUGUUUCUACCUGCACAUUUCUAUACUUGAUCGUUGGACUGCUGCACGUCUUCUUAUCUUUCUGCCUUCAUUUAUUGUCACAUUGGCAAGUUGUUUGGUUUGGGGUGAUUUUCGAACAUGUUUCAAUUCCCCACUCUUUCAGGUUAUGACCUCUUUCAUUCCCCUCAAGUGUUGGGGGACCUCCCAGAACAGGGUGGAAUGUGGGGUGGGGGCCUGUAAAGGGAAUAACAAUUAAGAUAAAUCACCUCCCCUCUUCUCCCAUUUGUGAAGGUGUCUGCAGGAUCGCAAGCCCAUCCCUGAAACCAAGGGCACCAGUAGGAUUCCACCUAUUGUCGGGUUGGCCAAUGUCACCUGUUAACAAAUUUGUUGGAUUAUUUUGUUCUAAUUACCUGUUGAAACCCUUUGGGUAUGCAGGGCAAACUAGUAUUAAGAGAGUGAACCUUGGAGCAGAUGUUUUCUGUUGCAAUCACACACUUGUAUGUAAGGAAACUAACCUUGUAGAUAUGGAAAAGAGAUACUUGGAUAGAAAAGUUCCCAGUUCUAGUCUAGCUAACUAGUCUAUAGUAGAACAAGGAAGCCAUGAGGUCCAAGAGGGAAGUGUGAGAAGUAGGAGGAAGUUGUAAACAGGGUGCAACCUGAGACGCAGCUGGUUGCUAACCUUUCACAGAGGAAGUUCACUGAAGAGUUAGUGAACUAUACCACAAUCCAGAGAACCACACAACCAAAAUGCUCCCUGGGCCUUUUUAUUUCCCAACCCUAUUGGCAACCUCCAAUGUACUCUGUGUGUGCCUGUUCAAAGAAAAGAUGCUAGAGGUCCCACUGGACACUUAGAAAUCUUUGGAUAUAUCUCUUGUGAGAUACAGUGCAUAACUCCCUUAUGGAACAAGUUGCUGACAUCCCUGCUUUUGAAGUGUGGCCCCUUUUUUGUUGUUUAGUCGUUUAGUCGUGUCCGACUCUUCGUGACCCCAUGGACCAGAGCACACCAGGCACUCCUGUCUUCCACUGCCUCCCACAGUUUGGUCAGACUCAUGUUUGUAGCUUCAAGAACACUGUCCAAUCAUCUCGUCCUCUGUCGUCCCCUUCUCCUUGUGCCCUCCAUCUUUCCCAACAUCAGGGUCUUUUCCAGGGAGUCUUCUCUUCUCAUGAGGUGGCCAAAGUAUUGGAGCCUCAGCUUCAUGAUCUGUCCUUCCAGUGAGCACUCAGGGCUGAUUUCCUUAAGAAUGGAUAGGUUUGAUCUUCUUGCAGUCCAUGGGACUCUCAAGAGUCUCCUCCAGCACCAUAAUUCAAAAGCAUCAAUUCUUCAGCGAUCAGCCUUCUUUAUGACCCCUUACAUAUAACCAAGAAAGAGGAAGUCCAUCAUCAGAAUUAAAAGGGCAAAAGAAGAUGCAUAUUAGCAUAAAAUUUGCAUGUGUUAAUUUAUAUGUAUAGAUUCAAAUUUAGAAAUAUACUAUAGCUGAACUAGAAAUAAUCUCAGUUUAAUGGAAAAGAUUCUGUGUCUGCUCAGUCUGCUGUCCUGGUGCUUUUAAUUGUUGGUGGCUGCUUCAGGGCUCCUGCUCUCCCUUCUUAGGGUUCUGUAUCUUUGAAAUGGUCUUGCACCGGACAGCCCUUCAGAUAAAGGACUGUCCUCUGUAAAAUCAGACACACAGCUACCCUUGCGCAGAAUUUGAACUCAUACAGGCAUAGCAUUUCUCACUGUUGUAAUCAUAAUUGUACCUUAUAAUUGCAGUGUUAAAGUGACUACAGCAAAAUCCUAAAAGUUUCUUCCCUCUGUUUAGGCCAAAGCAAUCCAUGGUGUUGCCAUGCCCAGAGGUUACCUUGAACUGACUCUGAAUCCCAAGGAUAAUGAAAUAAACCAUAUAAGCGCCAGCAAUUUCAACUGUGACAUAAUCCUGAGUCCUGAAUUAUCAACGUUUCGGGUUUUGCCAUGGACUGAAGACACUGCUAGAGUGAUCUGCGAUUCCUUCGCUGUAACUGGCAACCCUUUAUUGACUUCCCCCAGGCACAUUGCCAAACAACAGCUGGGGCAACUCCAAGACCACGGCUUUGCCCUGCGUUCUGCCUUCACUUACGAGUUCUGCAUUUAUGGCAUUGCCGAAAUCAUCAAUUCAAAGACGAUCACUUUCCCCACUACAACCAUGCUCAAUAACCAAGACCAGUGUUUCAUUCAGGAACUCAUUGAUGGGAUGUAUCACGCCGGGGCGAACAUUGAGAGUUUCUCGUCUUCCACAGGACCUGGCCAAAUGGAGAUCUCUUUUCAGCCAGAGUUUGGCCUCAGUGCAGCCGACAGUGCCUUCACCUUCCGCACCGGCAUUAAAGAAGUGGCCAAAAAGUACAAUUACAUUGCCAGCUUUUUCACCGAGAAUGGAUUUUGCAACUCAGGCAUCCUCUCCCAUAGCCUUUGGGAUAUCACUGGGGAGAAUAAUUUGUUUUCUUCUGGUUCCGGAGCCCCCGAGUUCACCGACAUAGGGAAGAACUGGCUUGCUGGGUUAUUGGUGCAUUCUGCAGCUCUGAGCUGCUUGAUGGCUCCAACCACCGGCUGCCGUAAACGCUACAAUGUGUACCGCAAGGAUUCCAAGGAGAUGGUGUCUGUGAAGUGGGCAUGGAAUGAUAACAGCUGUGCAUUUAACGUUAAAAGUCACGGCGAGAAAGGAACUCGGAUUGAAAGCAGGCUAGGUUCAGCAAUGGCAAACCCUUACUUGGUUCUGUCUGCUACUAUCGCUGCUGGUCUGGAUGGCAUAAGGAGAGGACUCAGUUUCCAGGAGGCAUCAGAGGAGAUCCAGAGCACUGCUCAGUUCAAAGUUGCAACAAUCCCGCUGAAAUUGGAAGAUGCUCUCAUUGCACUUCAGGAAGAUGAGUGUAUCCGGGAAGCCCUAGGUAACACCUUUGUCCGGUAUUUCGUCGCUAUGAAACAGUAUGAGAUGGAAAAUGAAGAGAUGGACGUGGAAAGGAAUAAAUUUUUAGAAUAUUUUAUCUAG